AUGCACAUUCUCCAAGUGUUGAAGGAUCUCUCAGACCACCCCGUUUUAUACAACCUUACCAUAGACGAAGUGAUGGCAUUUUCAAGACUGGCCUUUCACCUCAAACGAGAUAUUAUUCAACCACAACCGGUGAAUGAGAAUUGUGGCCUUGAUAUUCCACCUGCCAUCCUCCCUGUCAGUGUAUCAAUCUUCCUUAGCAAUGCCAUAGGGAUACCUUUGGAAAGUGUUCAAGAUUGCUGGGAGAUACUUGGUGACUAUGCCUGGUCUUUGAGUGAGGCACCUCUCUUCAAGGCAGACUAUGUAACAUUCAAACAAUUUGGGUGGGAGCUUGGGCUUAGUUCGGCAGUCACAUUAUACCCAUCAAGCGAUGUUUGCACAAAUACAGACUGUCCGUGUAUCGUUCCGCUUAAGAAGGAGACACAGCAGCAAGCCGUUGUGUAUACACAUGAUCUCGGUGUUCAACCAGCUUGGUAUAUACAUAUAUACUGCCCAACUUGCAAAACAAGCUAUCACAACAACUACAGUGUUUGUGAUGGGAUACGCACCUAUUACACAGGGAUACCCACCUAUCUCCAAGUGGGCGAGCACCAGUUUGUUGAUCACAAAGUCGCAAAGAUGUGGCGAAAUCAGAUGUUGCUCGGUUGGUUCUCAGCCUCAAACGCUGCACGUUUAUAUACAAGUACUCUUUCUGAUGAUGAGUAUUUAGUAAGCUGGGGUCUGAGUGAUAGGCCAACAACAGACCAUGUCUGGGAUGCCUUCAUCAUUCUUUCCCUCCUUGAAGAUCAUGUGUCGCAAGGAACACUCUUGACAGUGCCGCAUACAGGCAACCAAUGUGACUGGUUCAGGGUAGCCAUGGAGAAUAGGACCAGUCGGAUAAUAAUGCAGGGUCAGCCGGAUGCAGUGCACCAUGUCUGUGACAAGUGUAUGCGGGUUUUUGAGGAGCGAGAUGGAGAGUUCCGGAAAUGUCAGGUCAUCGUCGCUGAUGGGAUUAGUAUUGGCCGCCCAUGCUGUGGCGUAUUCCGGUGCACUGAGCCCCUUCCAAACAACCGACAUCUUUUUUGCAUCACACAUGAUAACCUCCACAACAUAUGUCAUGUUGUUGGCUGUGACGAACCUGUUGUCGUGAAGGAAACUAUUGUGGAUGGAAAGGUUAUUUCUAAGAGAGGAAAGGCAUGCGUGCUACCAGUGCAUCAAGCGAUGGAGAAGAAGAAAUUUGCGAAAGGAAAGGCUGCUUUUAUCCUGAAAGACAGAUUUAAAAUGGCACAAGGUUCUCAUCCCACAGAAGCGAUCUCUGCUGGGGAGGAACAGCAAGAACCUGUUGUUGAAGAAGACAUCGAGGUGUACUACACUGCUGGAGAUGAAGUUAUCCUUCACAGCGAGAAAAACCCUGGUACAGUAGGUGUUGUAGAUGAAGUGUCCGAACCAUGUCCAUCAAAGGCCCCAAUGGGUAAUAACCUCAAGCCGCUCAAAGCUCUAUUCAACCGACGACGCACUCAUAACGAGCAAACCUUGGUACGGCCAUGUGGUGUUAUUUAUGCACGCGCAACAAUGUAUGGCGCCGAAGCCGUCUCAAACUUCCUCAUUAUGGUCAAGAACGCGUUCUCGGUUCCAGGUGCACAGAAGCCCGACCAUAUUUUUUACGACACCAACUGUGAUGCAAAGCAACAAGCUAUGAAUGACAGCUGGUUUGACGACGUGGGGAUGUGCGUCGACGUUUGGCAUUUCCUGAACAAGCACAAAGUCACCCACCGCUUCUGUCAAGAGAAUUGUAAUCCUGCAAUGUACCCUGAACUAGAAGACGAGGACGGGAAUUGGUAUUUCAACACCUCAGUUGCUGAGCAAACUAACGCGUGGCUGGGAGGGUACCAUUCCAUGUGUCGGGAAAUGCUACCGGCCAAGUUUGACUUCUUCCUUGACGAGAUGAUCAGAUUGAGGAAUGUUGAAGUCAUUGCAAGGUUAGCUGCAGCAGGACAUCAUCCCUCUACAUUGUAG